GGCAAUAUAUCCACGUGCGUCUAAAACGACAAAUAUGAUUACAGAGAGUCAAGGACCACCAAUGUUGGUUCUGGCCAGCGUUCUGACUCUGCACAGCUCAUGUCUUCCUCGGCUUCAGGGUAGCUCAUCGCCAUUUCGGGGUCUACCUUGCGAUCAGAUCCACUUGUCCUUGGACCCCGAUCCUGGAUUCCUGCCGCCCCUCCAUCAUCAGUCCAUCAAUUCACACCCAAGCUGACCUGGAAGCACCGAUCAAAGCACCACUGCCUCGGCUUCGCUCGACCAGCCCCCACUGGCCAAGUCAUAUAUACCGCGCCCUGCCCUCUCCGCCCUCGAACAUGUCCGACAAGCCAAGUCGGCAGGCCUCCAUCAUCACCCACGUCAACAAGGACCACCAGGACUCCCUGCGUCGCUACCUCCAGCACUUUCUCGCCAUACACCCCGUCGACGACGGCCCAGAGCUCACCGACGUCUCCUUCGACCGCCUCCUCAUCCGCAACGGCGACAACGAGCACGCCGUCCCCUUCACGCCACCACUUACCUCCUGGAGCGAGAUCCGCGGCCGGUUCGUCGCCAUGGACAACGAGGCCAAGGAAGCGCUGGGCGAGGAGAACGGCAUUGUCAUACGCGAGUACACCCCGCCCGAGGGCUUUGGCAUCGUCGUGUUCAGCGGCGUCGCCUUUUACUUCGCCUGCUACACCUUCCUCGACACCAUCACCCAGCCUGCCUCGACGUCGUACGCCCUCAUCCAGGCCUACUACCCCGGCGGCGUGGACUGGUUCCGCUGGUUGGUCAAGGCCAUCUUCUGGCCCGUGGUGGCCCUACACACGGGCGAGGCCAUUGGCUUCGACCUCACGCGCCUCACGCCGCAUGGUGUCCGGCGAGGAAGCGGGCUAUGGCUGGCGUGGGUUGCCAACUGUUGGAUCGAGGGCUACACGGCGUGGAAGCGGAUCGACAAGCUCAUUGAGAGGAAAAAGGCCGAGCAGGCCAAGAAGCGUUGAGGAGCAGAAUCUCCCAUGACAUUAUUUUUUAGGCUGAUCUU